AUGUCAAAGAGGGUUGAUUUCACCCCGCAGGAGAGACGUGAGAACCUUCGUGGUUCCAACCCUGUGGAUGUGUUGCCCGAUUUGGGUCCCAUCCCGAGGGAUCCUGAUGAGAGGAGAUUUUUCUACGCUCAAGCUGAGUCAGCUGUCUACAGGGACGGUAAAGGAGCUUGUUAUCAACAGAGUGGCAACAUGAGUUGCGAUCACGACGUGUCUUACAAAGCGCAUCAAAAACUCGGCGUCUCGAUGGAGAAGGUCAAUGGACACACCAACUGUUCAUAUGGGAAGGCCAAUAUUAAUUCAGGUAUUGGAGAUGCGUUCGACAUAGAGCUUGACAGGAAAUCGGGCAUGCAUGUGGAGUCAGACCGGUCGCGGCAAAGCCGCUUGAGUAUUGCGGCCGACGCUCGCAAGGGCAAUUCAAGCGCUGAAAUUUUUGCUUCCGGCGCCUUGCAAGCUAAGCUGAGACUUGGGGAAGUAGGCAACACUGGAUUGCAUUAUAAGCAGGUACGGACCAGCAGAACCCCACUUGUGGGCCUGGGGCAGGACCUCAAAAGUGUCAACGCCAAUUUUAGUCCUGACACCGGGUUUGCAAACAUGUACUUGUCGGAUGAUAGUGAGUACCAAAGCGUGAAAAGAAUGCCAUCAAGAUCAAAAAUCUCAGUCUAUGCUGAAAGCAACUCUCUGCGUCACUCACCGCAGGAUCACGUCCGGUUCCUCAUUAAGAACAAGGUGCCACUGGCAAUACGGGGCGAGAAAAGGUAUUGGCCAUAUAAGAAGACGGGUGCGACCAAGAAGAAACAGGUUCGCAAGCACGACCUAAAGCGAAACAACAAGGCCCUUGGCAAGGCAGCAGAAAGGAGAACCAAGAGACGCAGGCUGAACUCCUCCAGCAAGGCGACAGCUGGCAACCGUGCACGGCCACUCAAGGACUGA